UCGGAGUGUGUAAAAGUCGAGUAAAUAAAAUAGAAACAGCGAUCGCAGUGUAAUAGUUUAUUGCUAAAAGUACAGCUUACAGUACAAUAAAGUGCGUCUAUAGUUAUCUAGUGACAGUGUUCAGUGAAUCCAGAAUAAACUAAAAACUAAAUAAUUAAACACAACCAUUCAUCUUUUACCACCCGCCACUUAAAAUAUUAAUAAUCAAAUAAACAAUAACUCCUAAAUAAAUGACAAUAAUAAGUAAUAACAGCAUUUAAAACUAAAGCAGUUUACUAUAUAUAGCGGUUACAAAGUCCUGAGUCUGAAUAUUGUGUGUCAAGUGUUGAUAUUAGGUACCUAGUGUAUAUUUGUCUGAGUACCUACAUAAUUAUAGAGUGGUCAUGGCUAAGUGCGGAGGUUGUGGCAAAUUUAUCUCGUCGGCCGAGUGCAUUCGUUGCACCAGGUGCCCAGGUGCUUAUCAUCCCGGCUGUGUGGGUUUUCCGGCGGCAGCCAAGGUAUCGCCGACCUGGCUCUGCCCGGGCUGCAAGGCCAAGGCACCCAGGCAAGACAACUCGGCCACUCCCGUUAAGAGUGCCAUGGCCGAUUGCUGCACGGAAACCCAAAACCCACUGAGUGACCCUGCCGCGAGUGCCACCGACCUAAAUGUGGCGUAUGAAAUUAGGUGCUUUAGGCAGGAAUUGGGUGCUAUGAGGGACGAGUUUCGUCAAUUUCAAAGCGAGCUCCUGAGUCUGCGCAUGACAGUAAAUGAUUGCAACCAGCGCAUGACCACAAUUGAAAGCAAAGUGUCCGACAUUGAGAGGCGCUUUGAGGAGCAAAGUCCGGCGAACUUCGACGCUGUGGAAGCAAGCAUUACAGCUUUAAAAACACAGCUGAACGACCGUGAUCAGGAGCUCCUACAGAACGACCUGAUAAUUGCUGGCAUACCAGAGACAAAGGGUGAAAACGCAUUCCACACAGUAAGGGUUUUAUCGGCGAAACUGGGUGUCACCAUGGACGAGCAGGAUAUUGUAAACAUCGAGCGCAUCGGUGCUGUGAGGCGUAAUUUUAUCGAGGGUGUUGACACGCCGCCGGGAGAACCACGGGCGCGUGUCAUUGCGGUGCGACUGGCGCGCCGCGGUGUCCGCGACCAACUGCUGCGAGCGGCGCGCGUGCGACGCGGCCUCACCGCGGCUGACCUCGACGUGAGCGGCCCGCCGCGUAGGGUAUACGUAAAUGAGCGCCUCACACAAACGAACAGUAAAUUGUUCCAUAGCGCUCGUGAGGCUGGGCAGCGGGCUAGGUAUAGGUACGUCUGGACAAAGGACGGACGCAUCUAUGCGCGUAAGGAAGAUGGGGCGCCUGCUCAACGUAUCCGUAGUGAUGCGGACCUGGCGCAGAUUUUUGGCAGUGGUCGAGUUGGCUGAGAUUUGUAUGGUGGUUACUUCUAAGUUAUUUGUUUAGUAUGUACGUUAAUAAUUCUUGCUUUGUGAGGGUACUGAUUUUUCUAUGUAGGUCGAUUUUUUUGCUUGUUAUUAUUUUUCAAUACCUUCUAUAAAUGUUCGUGUUGGAGUAAUGUGUGUGUAUCUUUGGCGCUAAUUAAAUUCCUAUUGUGUUAUCAUUGUGUAAUCACAAUGUCCAACUGUUUGUUUUAUGUCCUGAUGUUGGGGGCUGGAUGGAGGUGCGCUCCCUGCAGUUACUUAUGUUUCCUUCUUACAACUACGUAUUUUUAUAACUUCUUUAGUGUUUACCUAUUCAAUAGUGGUAUAUGUACAUAUAUAAAUGGUAUAUUUU